AGAGAAAUGAUUUAAACCAAAUUAAACAUUCAUUUAAUGAAUGUGUUACAGUUUUAUCACUUCACAUGCCAUAUUUAUGUUAUGGGCACUUACUAAAAAUUGAAUCUUUACUCUCUCAUCUCAAAUUGAGCUGGUAAAAAAGGCAUUUUUUAUUAUUAGAGAAAUGUAAGAAGAAGAAGAAGAAGAAGUCACUUAAAAAGGAAAAAAGAGGGUAUUAUCUCAUCACAUCAUAUGUGAGAUUGUGAUUAGCUUAUUAUACUAUUCUAGUAUUGUGUCUUUGAAGAGAGAGAGAGAGAGAGAGAGAGAGAGAGAGAGAGAGAGCCCAUUUCAGUUUCAGUUGGAAUCUAAAGUGAGUGAAGGCAACACUCUAACCCCCCAAAAGCCAAAGCCAAAGGCAAAGGCCACAACUCAAUCAACACUAAUAACUUCUUCUUCCCUCUCUUUAAAGCAAUCAACAACAACUAAUCCUCUCUCAAACUCAAACUCAAACUCAUCCUUGUUUUUCUGCAAAAAUGAGUAUCAAAGUGUUCAUGAUAUCUCUAGUUGCAACCUCCAUUAUCUUCUCUCUUCUCUAUAUUCCCACUACUUUAACAAUACCCAUCACCACUUUCAGGCCUAAUCUUAUUUUGAAUCACUAUGCGAAUAAUACGACCACCCCAUAUCCAGUGACCUUUGCCUACUUGAUCUCUGCCACCAAAGGAGAUUUGGGCAGACUCAAGCGAUUGUUGCACGCUCUUUACCAUCCGGGCAACUGUUAUUUGAUUCAUAUGGACUAUGGAGCUCCAAGGAGCGAGCACAGAGAUUUGGCUGAGUUCAUAAGGGAACACCCUGUUUUCAGCCAAAUGGGUAAUGUUUGGAUUGUUAAAAAAUCAAACUUGGUGACUUACAGAGGACCCACUAUGCUUUCCACCACGCUUCAUGCAAUGUCAGUCCUUUUGAGGGUUUCUAAGUGGGAUUGGUUCAUCAAUCUCAGUGCUUCUGAUUACCCUUUGGUCUCUCAAGAUGAUCUGAUUCAUGCGUUUUCUGAGUUGCCCAGUAAAGAUCUCAACUUCAUACAGCACUCCAGCAGAUUGGGUUGGAAACUGAACAAGAGAGGUAAACCAAUUGUAAUUGAUCCGGGGCUUUACAGCCUUAAUAAAUCAGAGAUCUGGUGGGCUAUCAAACAGAGAGCUCUCCCAACUGCAUUUAAGCUAUACACAGGCUCAGCUUGGACAAUCAUAUCAAGAUCUUUCGCCGAGUAUUGCAUAAUGGGGUGGGACAAUCUUCCAAGGACUCUCCUCCUAUACUACACCAACGUCGUGUCCUCCCCCGAGGGCUACUUCCAGACCCUCAUAUGCAACGACCGAAACUACAAGAACACCACAGUCAAUCACGAUCUUCACUACAUUAGUUGGGACACACCUCCAAAGCAACAUCCCAGGUCCUUGGGACUCAGGGAUUAUAGAAAGAUGGUUCUCAGUAACCGUCCCUUUGCUAGAAAAUUCAAGAAGAACGAUCAGGUUCUUAACAAGAUUGAUCGCGAGCUUCUGAAGAGACGCCGGGGAGAGUUCAGUUAUGGUGGAUGGUGCUCGGGGACUAGGAGAAUGCGCAGCUCGUGCUCCACUUUGCAGAGUGACAAGCAUGGUGUGCUGAAGCCAGGACCGGGUUCCAGAAAGUUGAGAACUUUGUUAUCGAGAUUGGUAUUGUCGAGGAGUUUUCAAAAGCAACAGUGCAGAUAGAUUCUUUUGACUCUUACUUGCUUAAAAAACUAUUGUAUUCCACGUGAUUUGAUUCACUCAUAGUAAUGAGAAAUAAUUAAUUCUGUGCCA